UGAUCGUAACUAAGUAACGCAUUGUUAGAUCAAUGCAAAACGCAAAUCAAAUUUUUGACUGAAAUACUUCUAAGCUUCAAAUAUUUCUAAUUGUAAAAUGUUUUGGGGAUUAACUCCAGCCUUAGAUUUAACUGAAGAAUACACAAAAAAAAACCAGACAUAUCCUGAAGUGUUGAACAUUCUCAUAAUCGGAAGCACUGAUUGUAGGCAUGUAUUAAAAACUAUAGCAAGAAAGUAUCGUCAUCAAAAAGUAAAUAUUAACUUCUAUAUCAUAGAAACGUGUAUGGAAACUGUGGCAAAACAACUCUUGCUAUUAUACACAGCUUUGCAACCAAAGGAAUCUAUGGGUUUAGAACAAAAAACCAGAGUUUUUAUGGAACUUUUUGGUAAUACACUUGUAAGACCCUAUACAGCUAAGUAUUUAAGCAAUGCGGCAAAUGAUUUGAUAAAAAUGAUUACGAAUUAUGACUACCUAAAGAACAAGAUGGGUAUGGUAAAUAUAGAUAUAAAAUAUAAAGAUAGAGAUUAUAUAGAGAAUCUUGUUAAGUUCUGGUGUGGUAAAGACGAGUUUAAUAUAAUCGACUGUUGGAAUAGGAGACUAAGAAAACUUCUUGGAGUCAGGUAUGAUUCAAAAUUAGGAGCAUUUGACUGGGAUUUGCAUAUGCGUCUCCACGAUGUCGGUGGAAAACAAAUUUGUGGCCAAGAAUACCGAAGUUUCCGCUUGAAUGGUGUCGCAUUCUCAUGGCUGGAGGGCGAAGUGUCCAAACCAAACAGAAGCAUGGUUUGCGCUAUAAUACCAAACGGUGAAAACUACCUCCAUCAUGGUUACUUGGGAGAUAUGCAGACCGGUCCAUUUGUAGCCUAUGGCCUCGAGUGUGAAGAUAAAACCUUUCUAAAAAGCACCAACGGACAAAAUGCUUAUCGAGCAACCGACAUAACCCAGAGAAAUUUAAAACAAAUCUUUUAUGAAAUGGAACACCAGCAAGAAUAUGAGCAUAUUAAAACAACUGAUAUUGAGCUGGGAGGUUCGGUAUUUAAACAAGACAAACUGGUAUUUGACACGAAAGGACUUGAAACCAAUAAGUUAAAACCUUUGGAAAAAUGUAUACAAGUUGAUGAUGUCUGUAUUAAUUUUGUAUCUAUUUGUUUACUGGACCAAAUGAAAUACAAGGAACAAUAUCACGGAUAUUUUGAUUUGGUUUACUGUGCUAAUAAUUUUUUUAAGUAUUUUGAUGUUGAAACUAUGGAAAAAGUUGCGAAAAGUGGAUCAGUGUUUUUGUUUGAAAAUCAACUAUUCCUAGUGAAUAAUAGGAAAAAACAGAUGGAAGAAUAUGCCGAAACUGUGCAAAGUAAGAUAAAUGAAAUGAAUGUGAAGAAAACAGGCUACAAUUUUGAAAAAGACGCUUAUUUUAAAACAUGUUUAAAGUAAAAUAUAAUUUAAUAAAAAUAAGUACCUAUUUUCCUUGUUAUUAUUAA